AACACCGCUUUUAAUGUUCAAUUUGAUGAAACAAGUUUUUUUAAUUCAGUAGGUGCUGAUGGUAAACCACAAACUGUAAGCAACUACGCUGCUAUUCCUGUCAAUGUCAUUGUCCAACUGCACAACCUGAUGUAUGCUCAAGGGAUGACAUUGGAGGGUGCCAUCACCUUCACACGAGGAAGUCUUGUCCCAGAUGGCUAUCAACCAUACCCAUUCAAUAAGGACACACAAGAAACCAUGCUGGAUAAACUGUGCCCCAUUGUGGCUACCUCUGUCUACCGGCAUGCCAUCCAGGGGUUUAAACAAGAAGGUGUUGACUUCACACAGCAUCUAUAUAUCCCUGAUUUAGACCCCACUACUCAUGAGGAGUGGCAUGAUCGGGGUGAUCAUAACCACAUUUACAAGUGGAUGGCACAGCAUGUGCGAAAUGGUGGUUACACAAUGUUGAACUACGAAGCUUUUGACGAUGUCUUGAAAGAUCCCAGUGGUGGUCUUGCCCACACAGCUCUCACUGGCAAGCAAAAGCAGAGUUUGAAAGAUGCUGAAAGGCUUCUGUCGUACCAUGUGGUACAUUCAUUGGAAAGACACGGUCAUGUCAGAGGCUGAAUAUGUGAAAGUACUUGUACAGUGACAUAAAGCAUUAGAUGGGCGUGGCUUGUCUCAGCUUACCAGAAGCAAGUACAAUUACCAGAUGCUGGCAUUGAUCCUUGAUGAGUGGAUGCCUUGGCAUCACACAAACUAUGAUUUCUCUACAAUAGACAUCAGCAGGUAACUGAAAAGACAGUUAGAUGAUGUGGUUUAACUGUGCAGUUGUCUAGGACAAGUGGACUUUGUGGUCAGACAAGUAAAAUUGUUAUUAACAGAGAGCCAAACAGAAGGCCUAAACCAGAGUAUGAUUUUGUUUUAUGUUGGUUUCAUGAAUAGUUAAUAAGCUAUCCUUAAGGGAGGGGAAGGGGGAGUGUCCUGAGCAAGCAAAAUUUGAGAAAUAAUGGUAUACCUAAAAAACAAAUGAGUUGAGUUUACUCAGAGUAAUGGCAACAUAUGUCUGGAUUUAAUCAGUCUUGGAAAGUCUUUCCUUAAAAUAGGAUAUAGUAACAUGAAAACAGCAUUAUCCACUCACUGAAAUUAAUGUGUACAUAUAUUUGGACCAAUUUGCAGGCCUGUUGAAAACAUUUGUGGCUUUUCACGUGAGACUGUAAUUGAAGUCACAACCAACAUCGAGAGCUAGGAACAGAUGUUACAGAACAAUGUUACUGGAUAUCCUGAGCACUGUCGUGCUGGUGUUACUGAUGACUUGGAAACAUUUUUUCCCAUUACUCACAGAGACAUUGGAAAUGUCUUCGUUCUAAAGCAGUUUAAAGAGUACUGGCCAAAGGGAGUAAGGUAACUAUACAUUAUAAAUACAUGUAGAUAUAUAAACUAGACUUAAAUGGAAGCCAGCCAAUCUAGGCAGGGUUUCAGAGAGGUUCUCAAGGCAGGGUGCCAAUAAAGAAUUCUUGGUCAAUUCCUACUGCUCUCACCAAAUCACUGUAAGUUUUCUGUUAAUUUGUCAGGUCAUGUAGCUGACCUUGUUGGGUUUUUGGCCAGAGAUCCCUUGCUUAUCUGGAACAGUGCAAGGGUUGCAUAAAUACUAUUUUGAAAACAGAAACUUUUAUAACUACAUGCAUGUAUUGCUUGUUAAUUAAAUUUACUUUGGACUACACAGUGCAUUAGUAUUUGAGAUAUUCUUGAAACAAGUUUCUUCUAAAUGGUGGUAUUUUUGGACAAACUGAAUUGCUUGGGAUGGGAUAAUACUCCUCUACAGACAACCCCUGAGCAUGCUGUUAGGCUACCAUAAUAGUCUACUGGUGCCACAUUAAUUUUUCAAGGUGGAAAGAUACUGUAAGUGUCAAGUGAUGUGUUAAGAACUCAACUCAAUGACCCCAUUCAGGGCUAGAACCAGAACCCACCUGACUGGAAUCAAACUUGAUCACCACAAGGCCACCACAUCACCCAAAAUCUCAGUCACCCCUAUCACAGCAAGAACAAUGUUGAUGAAUUGUGAAUUACAUUCACUCCACCAUGUAAAUUACCAGGAUACUGUUUUUAAAAUUAAGCCCAUAGGGUUUUCUUGUUUUAUUUAGGGAAUUCAGCAAGAGAAUGGAUGGUGACCUUCCAUUUUACUACUGGACCAUAAAUGAAAGGUACUCAGAAGAAGAACUCCCCUCCUUCGAUGUCUGUCCUUAAAUUCAUGAGGACCAGGAACUGAGGAGCCACCCUGUCGGUCUGCACAGACUAGUCGUUAACCAAAGAGAGGAUAGUUCAAUCUUUUUUGCUGGCCAUGCACACCUGCCAGCAAGGCAUAAGAAAACCAUUCGACAAUCGUUCCAUAAGCUUGAAGAUAUUUUACUAAAUCCACUGUAAAAUGUCCUGUUGAGGAGGGAAAUGUCACCCUUAUUUGUGAAGUUUUUACUUUCACACUG